UACUGUACUGGUCUAGGUCUAGUCUAGCUUCCUCGUGCCUAUUCAUAUUCUAGUUCUUUUUUCUUUUCUUUCGAGAAUUAUAAUCCGUAUUCAUCCAUAAAUCUACUUACCAGAUUUCGUCACUCUUGUGAACAAAAUGGAUGAUCUUCAUGUGUAUCUUUGUGAUGGUGUUUUAACCAUCGCUAUGAACAGACCAUCUAAACAAAAUGGAAUAACACUAGAGAUGAUGUUGAAAAUGAUAAAUAGUCUUAUUAUCGCUGGACAAGAUAAUAAUGUCAAAGCUGUGGUCUUGAGAGGUGUUGGCGACUUCUUCAGCAGUGGAUUUGAUUUCAACUCCUUUUUUUAUCCUGGUUUCGACACUUUGGAACAAGCUGUGUUCGAAUUUAGGAAUUUCGUCGCAGCACUGAUUGAUUUCCCAAAGAUGCUAGUUGCUGUGGUAAACGGACCUGCUAUUGGGAUGGGUUGCACCAUUCUUGCACUCUGCGAUUUUGUCUACGCCUCAGAUGAUGUUUAUUUCCAUACUCCGUUUUCCAUGCUGGGCUUGGUGGCUGAAGGCUGCUCAACUUACACAUUUCCGAAAGUCUUUGGAGCUGCCAAGGCAGCCAGACUUCUUUACUUGAGUGAAAGCAUGUCAGUACAGGAAGCAGCCCACCACGGAUUUGUCACAUGUGUUUUCCCUAAAGAAGAAAUGGAAGAGCAUGUACAGCAGAAAUUGAACCAUUUAGUUUCUCUUCCAAUUGAGUCGCUGAUUCAAACUAAGAAGCUUAUCAGAAAGUGGGAAAAUACAAAUUUACAUUGUGCAAAUGACGAAGAAGUAGAAGCUCUUAUUGAGAGAUUCAACUCCGAUGACUUCUUUAGUGCCUUCGCCAAAACAACCAAGAUCAAAAACAAAUUGUAAGUGGUUUUAACACUGAAAAAAACAAAAAAAGACUGUUACUGUAUUACAUCACAUGCUAUUGUGUUACAUUACACAUUUUUCAAUGUAUUGUAUUCCAGGUGAAUAAAUAUAUUUUUAUAACAUACCUAGAUGAAUAUUUAAAAUGUUAGUUGUUGUUGUCUAUUCAAGAUGACAAAUUAUGUAAUUUUUGUAUUCUUUUGUAUUGUACAAGGGUUAUUAAUUAAGUAAUUUAAGGUAUUUGCGUUUAGCUCCGUAGUUUGAACAUACGACGCAACGAGGCGGCUAGCCUCAUUAGUGAACGGUAUGGCGUCUUUAACAGCUCUGUAGCUGGCAGGUACGCUUUGCUGUGUGUUUCGAAAAUUCUUAAAUUAUAAAUCUCCCACCGCAUGUGAGAUAAGGUCAGUGAUAAGGGUUUUGAUUGGGCUAGUGAGUGUAAAAGUGGCUGGUGAAUUUUUUUCUUUGUAAUCUGUUGAGAGUAGUCUAGUACCCACCAAAAACACAAUUCCUUCUGAAAUGGACAUUUUCAGUCAGUUUAAAACUCUCUUAUCCAUUUCUGCACUUUACCCUCUAUCCACUCUAUUGCAGUAGGACCAUAAAUAUGGGGUAGUGUUAUUUUAUCCCCCUGGAAUUUUACCCCCUGAGCAGAACUGACGGCACAAACUAGGGGUGAAAUUACACCCGUGAACAAACUUAAGAGCACUCAGAUGACUACAUCUUAGUGACGUCAUCUCUGCUCAUGGGGUAAAAUUCCAGGGGGAUAAAAUUCUGGCGACCCAUGAAUAUAUCUGGCUAUGAAUGACUGCAGUCAAUAUGUUUCUAGCAAUCAAAAAACAUAUCACUGACCUUAUCUCUCAUGUGACAGGAGAUUUAAGAGAUAAUUCUAGACACACAGCAAAGUGUACAUGUCAGCUACAGAGCUGCAAAUGGUGCCGUAAGGGGCGAGGAGCCUCACUGCGGUGUGCGGACUAAGAAACCCGUACAAACGACCCUUGCUUAAAAACAACCCUAGCAUGUAUCUUUUUGACAGAACUAUUAUUUUAAGUUUGACGAUGUUCAUUACAAAAUAUGUGUGCUUGUUUGAAGGAGUAAAGUGUUUGUCUAUUGUUAAUUGCUCAAAAGGAGCUGGACUGACUUAGGUGAAAGACUGAUUUUACUAUCUCAUUAAUAGAAGAAACGAUACAAUGAAAUUGGGUAACUCUUGAAACUUCCUAAUCCGUGUUGGGUGGCGAAACUGACUAAGCGUCCCACUGCAAGAUUACCUCAUCCCGUAGCCCACUAACUUGAUUUUUUCCCACAGCAGAAUUGGUUAACUCUGGAACCUGCCAAUGGUUCGGGAGGUUGCAAACGUUGUAAGAAGAUGAUAUUCUUAUUAUUUCUUAUUAUGUUAUCUUUUUUACAAGUACUACUCUAAAUGGAAAAAUUUUGAAAGGAAAUUUAUAUACAAUGUUAAUUAAUAACUGUAGUUGUAAAAUUAAGAUUCUCUCUGUAAAAUUGGUACCUUUUUUAAUUAAAUAGUGUAAUUGCUUUUUGACAUUAAAACAAUCAAUUAAUUAAGAUCUCUAGCUUAAGUGCCCACCUAGCACUUUGGUGAUCUCUAGCUUUUGUUAAUAGGGACAAGUAUAAUUUAAACUAGGAACAUUAAGCUAAAACUUUAAAUAAAUCAAAUAUUUUGAAGUCCUCUAAAAUUGUCCAUGAAUAUUAUGAUAGUUCCAUUUUUACUAUGAAAAAUAUAAAAAAAAAAAAUAUAUAUAUAUACCUAUAUAUUUUGAAAAAUAUAUAAAUUUCAUAACAUUUUUUAAAGAAAUAUUAAAUAACAGAGGACAACCUAUAAAGCAUUAUAGUGCCUUUUUGGUAAUUAAAACUUACAAGUUUUCAUAUCUAAAGACAUUUUAAAAUUAAUCUUAUCAACUCAUAACUUUCCAACAUUUUAGAUUUUUUAUUGGAAGUUUUAUUUCAAAUUAUUGAUUUUUUUUUACCAGGAUUAACUACCAAAUACAAUUACUGCUUUACAAUUUGAUUACUAUGGUUUUAUAUUUUACCAGUAUGUAUACAGAUUUGAAUUCAUUUGUAGAGUGUAAGGCUUAAGAUGCAAUAAUGUUACAUUUUGUUACAGUAAAGAAUCCCAAACAUUUGUAAACAUUAAAAUAGGUUUUGAUUACAAUUAAAAAAAAAAAAAAAAUUUUCUAUGAUUAAAAAAUAUGAUUAAAAGUAGCCUAUAGCUUAUUAUUUUUGUUCUAAAGUGUAACCCCGAAGUUGGUUUUUAGUAAGAAAUACCUAUAAAGUUUGUUGCACAAACAUCAAAAACUAUACUGGAUUGAUACCAAUAGAGGUAUGAUACUUAGGUAUCAUGCAUGCAACAUGCAACAUAGGUCAAUCAAUAUUCUUUGUGUAAAGCUCCCAUUGAACGGCGUGCGAGGCUUCCCAUUGGUAGGUUAGGCAGUUCCGCCAAGGGACUUAGUUAGCCAAUUCUGCGUACUCAAAAACAUCACAAAACUUAAACUUUCAAAGUCGAUGUAGCGAUCAGUUUUACGACCAUUCCUAUUGUUGUGUUAUAUGGAGGUAUGCAGAUACAGUUACCAAGCAUAAACUGUUAAUCCUAAAACAUUUUGGACCAAAUAACCUUCAUCAAUACUUUAUAUUUACUAUAGUAUAUUUACUAUAUUUAGCAAUUCCAAGAUAAGUCUGGGAACUUAUUAUCGAGCUUGUGCAUUUUGAUUAGGUUGUAGUCAACAAUAUGGUCUUAAAUAUUGUUUAACUUUUAAGUUUGUUAACUUAACAUAUUGACAACUGUAUACAGUACUUGUUACAUGUGUAACAACUGAUAUGCUAAAAGAUAGUACAAAUAUUGCACAAAUGCCAAUGUUAGUUUACUCUAUUCAUGUAAACUAGAUUACAUGUUGCACAUGUACAGAUAUGAAUUCAAGAGUUAUACAGCAAUAAAUAUUAGCGUUUGUUGGAUUGUACUGUAUUAUGAUAAGUUUGUUUGUUCAAAUAAAUUAAUAACGCUUAUAA